AUGUUACGUUCUGCUGCUACAUUUAAAAUCAUCUUAUCUCUUAUGCGACAUUUUGACGACACUAUCAGUAUUACUAUAGCUAUUGUGGAUACAGCGGGCUUCGUACAGGAGUAUCGAUCUCAAGAAAUUCUAGAGCAACUGAAUGAACUGGUGCCACCUGCAUGCUACGCCAUUAGUGAAGGAAAACACGUGACCGCAAACAUGGACGACGACGAGCUGAGCCGAAGUUUCAACGCGUUAUUGCUCGACAGCAACGAGGACAUGGAAGGUUCUGCUGUGGACUACGACGUGUACUCCUUGUCAAUGAUGUGGAUGAAUCCGAUGAAAAAGCACCAGAAGGACGAGUAUCGGAUAAGGAUGGCUGUUCAAGGAAGACAUUGUGGAGAAGGUACCGGCAAAAAAGGUUCAAGCCGCUGUCAAAAGAAGACACUUGAAAUGGUCGACAACCCGUUGGAAAGCGUGAGCGGAAAAACUGUCAUGGCUGCUACCUUUGUUCGUUUGAUAGGUUUCAGAAACUGCCGUUGUUAA